CACAAUUGGGUUCACUAGCAUGGGAGGGUCGAGAGGAUCCCUCCGACGGACUGGUUCGCCCAUACGCACGUAUGGAACCCGAACCAUUAGCUCGGUGUUAGGUCCGGUCCUUUUCCUCUUCCUAUUCCUGGCCUUGGAGUAGGGGUUCUCUCUCUGUUACCGGUACUCCUGACGGGCUGUCGGGAAGACGAGAGACUCGGGAAGGCAAAGUAAGACCAGACCAGACGAGACUGGACUGGGCCGACCCAAACCAGAACUUGACCGUUCCAUAUUCGCUACCACACCUCCCUCCCCUUCGGUUCCCCCUUCCACCCACCGAGAUUCGCCGUCGUCCCUAGACUAAGGUGUAACACGUUGUCUGUGCGGACGAUGCUAGUCCAAGGUGUGAGGUAAGCCAUAAGACCCGACCGUUUUCCCACAUCGUCUCAUGAGCGGACUUUUCUCCCACUCCCUCACCAAAUUUCCCGCUAUCCCUCGUGCCCUUACCUUCUCGCUUUCUGCUAUUCUUUCGUGGCGGUGGAGGGUGGUGCCCCCUUCUUGAAAGACAUCCCUUCAUGUUUCACGACAUCGGAGGACCCUGCAGAUAGGGCACGUUGAAAGUUCACGGCCACCCACGCUAACCAACUAUGCCUCUCAAAGUCGCUGUCAUCGGUGCCGGACCCGCGGGUCUGGCGACGGCGAGAUAUCUGAAAUGGGCGCACUUGUUCUUCGCGAUUGAACCUAUCCAGAUCCGGGUCUUUGAGGCCGAAGAUGAUAUCGGAGGCACGUUCAAGUAUCGAGUGUACGAGGACGCUGAACUUGUCUCGUCUAAAUACCUGACCGCCUUCUCCGAUCACCGCCUGCCCCGAGAUGCCGCUGAUUAUGUCACCCCGGCUGUCUAUGUACAGUACCUGAACGAAUACUGUGAUCGCUUUGAGCUUCGACCUCACAUAGAAUGCUCAUCUAAGGUCACUCGCACGGAAAGGGUAGAUGGUGGAGGGCACAUCGUCACCGUCACCCGCAAAGAUGGCACAACCUUCGACUACAACUGUGAUGCUGUUGCCGUCUGCUCCGGACUCAAUCUCGAACCCCGUAUUCCUGACAUUCCGGGGCUGGAAAAGGUCCCCAAGGUCCUUCACUCGUCGCAAUUCAAGAGCCGAGACCAACUACGAGAUGUCAAAAGCGAUAAACCCACCGUCGUCAUCGUCGGCACGGGAGAGACUGGUCAAGACCUCGGUCAACUCGCGGCGACGACAGAAACCGUUCAACAUGUUGUGAUGUGCCACCGAGAUGGAUUCGUCGUUGCACCCAAGACUGCACCGACACCAAUCAUGUUCGGGUUCUGGGGCAGGAAUAGCAAAGUAAACGAUAAACCCGUUGACUGUUCCAUCGCUAGUCUCUUCGACACUGCAUAUGUUCCUCAGAAACUGCAGUCGAGCCAACUGCUUUGGGAUUUUUACAACCAACAGAUCGACGUUACAUUCUCGCUAAUUGGUGGGACGCUUGAGGGCUGGGACCAACAUGUCGGCGGCAUGCGUCGGGAAAGGAUGCACAUCGAUCACUUCUUCCCGGCCAAAUCCACCCGUGCUGUGCCAUACCUCUCAGCGCCUUGGCGGCCGCCUCUUUCGGCCAUGGAGCGGAUACGCCGAUUCUUCUUCUAUAUCAAAGAGCUUGACGUCGACACCAAGGGUCGAUACAUUGACGUUGCUCCUUGGCCCGAGUAUGUUGACGACGAUGGCGUAUUGCACUUCCGCGAUACGGGCAGACCGGAGUCGGAGAAAAUGAAGCAGAUGGUGAAGCCCGAUGUCAUCCUAUUUGCAACUGGCUACACCCGCCGCUUCCCUUUCCUCGAUAAGAGCUAUGGCACACCCGACACAGCCGAUGUACGAGCCAUCUACCACAGCAACGAUGUAUCAGUAGGGUUCAUUGGCUUCGUGCGGCCGAAUCUGGGUGCAAUCCCCACCCUCGCCGAGAUGCAGACCCAAUACUGGAUCCUUCAACUUCUCAGAUCCAAGUACCCCAACAUCCCUGGCCUAACAACACCGUCGAAAGGACUUACUUUGGACCCUAACGCUCUCCCCGGCUACGAUAUCGACUGGAAGCUCCACCCUCGAUGUGGCAGAGACCCGUGGGCAGAAAAGCGCGGCGUCGACCACGAGAGCUACGUAUACCAGCUGGCCCUCGACAUGGGCUCAGCACCACGGUUCAGCUAUGUCUACUCUAAGGGUUUCAAGGCGUUGUACACCUGGGCUAUGGGUAGCAACUUCAAUGCAAAGUUCCGCCUUGUGGGGCCCUGGAAGAACGAGGAGGAGUCGCUGCGCAUCAUUCGUGGCGAGCUUUACGACAUCGUCAAGCGGUCUGGCGGUAUGCUAUACAUGGUCGCCAACACCUUGAUACCCUUUUUCUUAUUCGGCACGAUGAGCAUGGCCAUUCACACGUGGGAAUGGACCAAGAGCUUGUUCCACCCAUGGACGCGGAAGGGGGGUCAGAUACGCCUUCCGGAGUAUUAAUAACGACUUAACGACCAUUUUCCUUAAAGUUUAGAUUUUCGACUUCACAAGACCAGCGA